AGCUUACAGCAGGAGAAGUUGCUACUUCCGCGUACUUUAGACCAAGCGCGAGACCUAGGCGACGUGCUGCAGGAACUACAGAAAGACAGUCCGAUCGAUGUCAUGCUGUCUUUCUUCUUACUUUAUGUCGCUCUCCAGACGUUUGCAAUCCCCGGAUCCAUUUUUUUGACGAUCCUUUCAGGGGCACUCUUCUCAUUCCCAGUGGCCGUGCUCUUAGUAUGUACGGCCGCUGCCAUGGGAGCGACAUUCUGCUACUGUCUGUCCUACAUAUUCGGGAAGGGGCUGGUCUUGCAGUACUUUCCGGAGAGGGUGGAGAGUUGGCAGCGUCAGAUACAACACCAUCAUAACGACAUGGUGAACUACAUCAUAUUCCUCAGAGUCACACCUCUUCUACCGAACUGGUUCAUCAAUAUUUCAUCCCCCGUUCUACAUGUCGCCGUAUGGCCUUUUUUCAUUGGCACCUUCAUCGGAGUCGCGCCACCGUCGAUAUUCUUCAUACAGGCAGGGCAGGUGCUCUCGUCGCUCGGCAGCACAUCGGAAGUCAUCGGCCCGGGCCGUGUGGUGCUGCUGCUGUUGUUAGGGCUUGUGUCUUUGGCACCCAUCAUAUUCAAGAAGAGAUUUGCUGCGUAUGGCGCGGGUCAGGGGGAUAGGCCCGACUAAUUCAGGUCAAUCGGUGGAUGCAAUAAAUAAAUAGAGUUUAGUAAGAAUCGGU